CUAGCCUACGUCGCUACCUCGUUUCCAGGAGGUUUCACUCAGUUCGAGAGGUAGCUAAUGCCGCCAUUUCUCAGGAGACCGAGACGACUAUGUUCCAGAAAGACAAGGAAGGAAAUGCUAAAGCAGGACAGACCAGGGAUAAGGGCAAGGGUAAGAGACCUUUUGCCGGACCUGGAGGACCCCAGCAACAGGGUAAGGAUUUUCAGCAUCAGCAGCAAGGACAGUUCAAGAGAAGACCACCGCAGGAUCAGAGGAGGCAGCAGCAACACAAAUUUCAGGGGACAUGUCACAACUGUCAGAAAUUUGGACACAGAGCAGCAGAGUGCCGUAGCGCACCAAGAGGAGGCCAGCAGCAAAGUCGAGGACACGGUCAGCAGCAGAAUAAUGGUCAGGGCCAGCAACAGCAGCAGGGCCGCGCCUACGGUCAGCAGCAGCGAAGGAUCGGGGCACCACCUGUCAUUCCGAGGAUUGAGGGGCCAACAGGCCAAAUACGUGCUAUCCAGGAGAUUCCUGAGGCACAGAUGGCCCCGUAUGCUCCACCACCACCAGUUCAACAGUUACCAGCCACCGGCAGGGUUUAUGCGGUCAUACCACAUGAUCAGGGUGCGAGCGGAGCCAUAGUGGAAGGUAUCUUUCUUGUGAAUUCCUUUCCGGCUCGGAUCUUGUUCGAUUCUGGAGCUUCGCAUUCUUUUAUUUCUCAUACCUUCAUGGAUAGGCUUCAGUUAGUUGCACAUCCUUUAAACGUACCACUAUCCAUCUCUACUCCUCUAGGGGAGAUAUCCAUAUUAGAGAGUAUCUGCAGGAGUUGUGUCAUCAGUUUAGAUGAGUCCGAGUUUCUCAUAGAUCUGAUCGUGUUGCGGAUGUCGGAGUUCGACGUCAUUCUCGUUCGUGAUCGUAUUUAUCGACGAUAUCCUUAUCUAUUCGAGAUCGGAGGCAGAGAACGAGCAGCAUCUACGAUUGGUAUUGCAGACUUUAUAGGAACAUCAGUUAUAUGCUAA